GCCCAUGCCCAUGCCCAUGCCCAUGCCCAUCCCCAGGCGACCAUGUAUUGCGCCUAUAGCGUCUGUUGCUUGACGAGCAGACGCCAGCGCUGCUUUGGUUGAGGAGCGGCAUUCGGCGCUGACUCUCUGCCAAUCCAUCGUUGCCGCCCAAUUGACGACGAUACCGACGAAUCGCAGAACGACAGCACUCAUCCUCUCUGGCCUAUUCGCUCGCUUCGUCGCAGCGCCAUUGUGAUCGCUGUCAUCAACGAACACGUCGAGAAGGCUCGCUGCUUGGACCGCACCGCACCGCACCGCACCACUGCCGUUUCGUGGCAAGCCAUUUCUGUCGACCAGGCACGCGUGCUCGCAUACCGGCAUUGUUUCCCACUCGUGCCUUGGCUCCGCGCCGCGAGCUCUGCUCAACAACUGUACAAGGUCAUAAAGAGCCGCUUUGUUGUCUUAGACGACUAUAUUUGGGGUCUUUGUUCCGCGCGAGCAUACAACCUCCUGCAUCCCCAGACAUUUUGGUGGCCAGAAAUUGUAUACACUUCGCUCCUACGAUCACGAGAUAACGAACAGGAACUACAAAAGUUGCGAACUUGCUGGCCAAGUCAACACCUAGCAUCACGAUACGUCGUAGGGCAAAAACCAUAGAGCGUCGACAGUCAUGGUUGCAGUAAACCAAACCAUUACAAUUGUCAACAAGGGCGGGAAGAUUGUGAGCACUUCUAAGCAUCUGGUCAACGUCUUCACCGAGGCAAAAGGCGCAUACAACGAACGGAAAGCCGAAAUCAAGGCCCAGAGAAAGAGCGAUCUAGAAGCCAAGGAGAGGGAGCGCAAGGCGCGGAAACAGCUCGAAGCUUUGACGCUGGUCGACGAUGAAGAUGACAGUGCUUCGCAGCGAGCUUCGAGAAGGGGAAGCGAUGAUGGGAGAUCUGUCAACAGGAAGCCUGUACCUCCCCGGAGAAGUCAACGUCCGCCACCCGAGAUUAAAGAGCUCACCCGGCGCAACACAGAUGGCAUGCAGCUUCAAAGCAACGGCUUAUCUCGAAGAAGAGUCAGUCUGGAUGACAUCGACAUGGAUCUCGCCUAUGGCGAAUUGCCUCCACCACUGCCCGAGAGCAGAGUUGAGGACGAAAUCGAGCUUCGAUCCAAGAUGACCUAUUUGCAGCGGCUACUAGAUGAGGGCAAUUGUGUUCAGCAUUCCGUCACUGCCAUGAUCGAUAAUCUUCAGAAAAAUCCCGAUGCUCUGGCAGCUGUGGCCUUGACGUUGGGAGAAAUUGCAAACCUUGCCGCGAAGAUGGCUCCUGGCGCUCUUGCGACGAUGAAGACUUCGUUUCCUGCGAUCAUAGCACUCCUCGCAAGCCCACAAUUUGCAAUUGCAGCAGGCGUGGGCGUGGGUGUCACAAUCAUCGCCUUCGGCAGCUACAAAAUCAUCAAAAAAAUCAAAGCCAAGAACAGCGCAGAACGUCUUCUGGAGAAUGCUGUUGAAGCUCAAGCUGCAAGUGCAGACGAAGACGUAGAUGAACUGCGGGAGCUCGAUUCCAUUGAGAAAUGGAGACGAGGGAUCGCUGACGAAGCGGCCAACUCGAUGGGAACCAGUGUCGAUGGAGAAUUCAUUACCCCUGUUGCUACUCGCACUCUUAUUGAGGAGGGAAAGCUCACCGAAGCCGACUUCAAGCCGCUUGAGGGCAAGUCGAAGAAGACCAAGAGUAGGAAAGCUAAGAGUGACGUGAGCAGUAGUACGAGAAGGAGCAAAGGGGACAAGGUGAAAGUGAAGGCUAAGAAGGAGCCGUCGAUACUGCGAAACCUGUUCAAAGGGCACUCGUAGGUAAGUUCUCAUGGACAAUGCAAGAUUUUGUAUCAGAGCGCAGUUCGAGCAAUUGCAAUGACGUUUCCGCGUACCGACUCAGGGCUGCACAAGCAGCAUGGACCUGGUCUUGCUGGCUGCC